AGUUGUGUUUUAAUUAAACAAAUAAUAAAACUAUGGAUUACUUACUAAUUGAGUGGGUAGAUGAAGACCCAAAAACGUUUUCUGUCGUGUCAAUCGACCAGUUAGCUGAUGGUGGUUUGAGAUCAAGCGGAAGGAAACUAAUUGGGAAGACCGAAUCAAUUAUUUGGACACGAGGAAAAGAGUUUUUAGGGAGGAUACUAAAUAUUGGCGGAUGCGAUGAGCUAACAGUAGAAGCAGAUGAGCGAGCAGCUCAGGUCAGUGACGACGAAAGGUUACAAAAGGUCGAGCCAACUAGAAAGCGUUCUAAUAUUUCCGUGGAUGUACCUCUAAAGAAGCAGAAAUCUCGCAGAAAUGAAUCAUCGGACCGAAGCCGAAGGAUAGGUGAUAUCCUAUCCCAUAUCGACUCUUCAACUAUCGAGGGCAUUCUAGCAGAUGACAGUAACCAACAUAAUUUGGAAGGUGAACAGGAAGAAUCGAAUGAAACGACCGAAACGAAUGAAUACAAAGGAAAAUAUAGAUCCCUGAGAACUAAAUAUCGAGAGUUAAAGAGAAAGUAUAAGGAACUUCUCAACAAAACCAACGAGACGGCAGAUGUUGAGCUGUACGAAGGAACUGGACUAAAGAUGAACGUAGCUGAACUUGCAUCCAUCAAAAUGAUGUCGUCACAGUCAUCAUCGGUUUUGGCCCGAAACCUCUUCAGAAGACUUUUUAGUGCAGAGGAACUUACGGGCCAUUCGUUGUAUGGAAAGAAAUGCAAUGCUAAUGCCACUCUCCCGUUACCAGAAAUAGACCCCGCUCGUCGAGAUGCAGUAAUUGGCUACAUUAUUAAGGAAGAUGGAUUCGAUACGCCACCCCCCGCUGGAAUCAGCAUAGCAGAACGCAAAUCGCUUUCAAAAGUCAGGAAGCGCUUUAAGAGGGACAUAACAAAAUCACUUUCCGAUUUUCUUCGCGAGGAAUCCCGAAAGUUUCAAAAUGCCACGUAAAUUCUCACAAAAUUAAUACUUGAUGAAUAGUAUGUUAUUUAAUUAUA